GGCUGCGCGGCGGCAGCGAGGAUGGCGGCGGCCCGGGGGCCGGAGCGCGGGGAGCCAGGGGAGCCGGGCGAGCCCCGCCGCCGAGCCCUGUACUUCUGCGGGAGCAUCCGCGGCGGACGCGAGGACCAGGCGCUGUAUGCGAGGAUUGUGUCGCGGCUGCGACGUUUUGGGGCCGUGCUCACCGAGCACGUGGCGGCCGCCGAGCUGGGCGCGCGCGGGGAAGAGGCUGCUGGGGGUGACAGGCUCAUCCAUGAGCAGGACUUGGCCUGGCUGCAGCAGGCAGAUGUGGUCGUGGCAGAAGUGACCCAGCCAUCCUUGGGUGUAGGUUAUGAGCUGGGCCGGGCCGUGGCCCUCAAUAAGCGAAUCCUGUGCCUGUUCCGCCCACAGUCUGGCCGAGUGCUUUCAGCCAUGAUCCGGGGAGCUGCAGAUGGCUCGCGGUUCCAGGUGUGGGACUACGAAGAGGAAGAGGUGGAGGCCAUGCUGGAUCGAUACUUUGAGAUGGAUCCUCCCGAGCAGAUGGCUGCCUCCCCUGGCCCAACCGCUUGACUUAAUCCCACUGAAUAUAAUUCUUCUGAUCCCAGACACUGCUCUAGAACACUAGACACUGCUCCAUUCCUGCCCCUUUGCCCAAGUAGCAAAUUAAAAGGUAUGUUUAAAAUUCUAA